CCGACGUCAACCACUGGGGCUGUGUGAUGCGUGGGCGGUGGCGUACCCAAAGGCCAUUGUGACACGGAGGGGUACCCAUGGCAACGGUGUCCCUUAUAAGGCCCGAGCCCCGGGCUGCCCAUUCACUCUCAGGAGAGCAGCUCUCUCAGGAGGCAGCAGCUCGCCUGGGUGCCCGUUGGAGUUCUCGGUCAGAGGACCUGGAGCACACCAUGGAGCAGCAGAAUAAGGAUCACUCCCAGCCCGCUGAAGGGCAGCAGAGGGUACAGGAGCGGCGCCAGUUUCUCUUGCAGAUGGAGAAGCUGCAAGACAUGAAGACGCUGCCACACAGUGGGGUGCGGCAGGAAGAGAGAAUCCAUCUGCCAGCCAUGCCGCCUUUCCCAAGGCAGGCAGCGACUCAGGCAGCAGCACCCAAGCAAGCGCGUGCAGCACAGACAUCGUCAUCUGAAAGGGUCACUUGCAAGCUGCCCCGUCUACAAGCAACAGCCUCUGCAUCUUCAGCUGCAGGAAGGGCAAAGGCGUUGGGCACAGAGGCCCACAGCCACCAAGAGCUUCUGCCACCUCUUCCGUGCAUCUCUGGUGAGAGGGACAAGGCAGUGAGGGCAGGGAGCCGGGAACGUGGCCCACACAGCCCUGUGGCCCCUGACGAGGACAUGGAGUACACAGUACGGUCCUUCGUCUCCACAGUCAUAAGAAACGCUCUAGCCUGCAACGAGGAAGCCAACAGCAAAGCAAGGCUUUCUCCCUCAGGCAGAGGUCCCGGGACCAAAGGCUACAGAACACCACCUCUCACCACAGCAGUGCCCCAAAAUGGGAAGAAGAAGAGUCAGCACUCGUCCAAAAGCAGCCCUGCAGCCCCUGCCGAAGAAAUUGAAGACCCAGUAAAGGCCUUUGUCUCCGCUGCCAUUAACAGUGCCAUAGCCCGGAACCAGGGAGCCAUGAGGGAGGCAAGGCUUUCUCCCUUGGGCAGACGUCCCAGGAGCAAAGGCCGCAUAACACCACCACUCCUCACAGCAGUGCCCCAGAACUGGAAGAAGAGUCAGCACCCUGCCAAAAACAGCCCUGCAGCCUCCGCCGAGGACAUGGAAGACCCAGUAAAGGCCUUCGUCUCCAGUGUCAUUAGCAGUGCUAUAGCCUGCAACGAGGGAGCCACGAGGGAGGCAGAGCUUCCUCCCUUGUGCAGAGGUCCCAGGAGCAAAGGCCACAGAACACCACCUCUCCUCACAGCAGUACCCCAGGAUUGGAAGAAGAGUCGGCAGGCUGCCCCACACUGCCCCACAGACUCUUUCGCAGCACUGCGGGACACAGCACAGUCCCUUGUGUCUGAAGUCCUGGCAAAGACAAUGGCUGAAAGCUGGGAACACGGCCAACGGCCUGCAGAACUGGUGGACCUGGCACACACGGGGUGCACAGUGACAUCAACAAGAGCAGUCGAGGUCCAGACAGACACGGACAGCAGGUGGACCACUGCUCUGCCAGGGCGCCAUCACCAGGCACGUUCAGGAAAACCGGCUGCCGGCAGGGACCCUGCACCAGCAAGCCCAGACAGGGGUGAGAAGCAAGGGCAGCAGAGACAGAUACACAUCAAACCCAGGCAGGGGAGCGGCAAGGAUGGGACAAGCCAGGGCCGGGGCAGGAAAGAAAGAGGUCCUGAGAGAUGGGAUGAAGAGGAAGAAAUUAUCAUCUUCAACUCCUGGAUAAACCCCAGCUUCCCCAGCCUCUUCCAGGAGCCACAGGCCUUUCCCCAGAAAGUGUGCAGCUCACCCAGCAGCGUGGACAGGGAGGCUGCAGCACAAGAAGCAGAACCCCCAACAAGAGUCUCUCUUGGCUCACCGGACACUGAAACAUCGCCUGCUUGCCUGGAAGAGAGGCACGGCACGCCUCUCACCGCAACAGCACCGGCAGAGAGCAGGCCAGCAAGUCCUCCGUCAGCCCCUGCUUUUGAAGAUGAGCGCUACAGAGCGCCUCCCCAGACACGUGGGGAAGAGAUUGUCAUCUUCAACUCCUGGAUCAACCCCAGGUUCCCCAGCCUCCUCCAGGAACCACAGGCCUUUCCCCAGGAAGAGGGCAGCUCAUCCAGCAGCGUGGACACGGAGGCUGCAGCAGAAGCAGCAGAACCCCCAACAAGCGCCUCUCUUGGCUCACUGGAGCCCACGGACACUGCACCAUCAGCUGCUCCCCUGGCAGAAGGUCCAGGGGAAGAGAGGCACGGCACGCCUCUCACCGCAACAGCACCGGCGGAGAGCAGGCCAGCAAGUCCUCCAUCAGCGCCUGCUUUUGAAGAUGAGGGGAAGAGAGCGCCUCCCCUGAUACGUGGGGCUCCAGAAUCAAAGCCAUCAGCCUGUCCCACCCCCAGUGAGCACAGCACUGCGGUGAUGGCUGAGAGCCAGGGACGUGCCCAACUUGCCUCCAGUGCCUGUGACGAAGAUCUGUAUGAAACAGCCCGGAUCAUCGUCUCUGCAGUCCUACGCCAUGCUGUAGCCAUGAGCCAGGGAGCCACGAGCAAGGCACCAACUGCUCCCUCGGCCACAGGACCCAGGGUGCCUCCUCCCACAGCAGAGCCUGUAGACUGUACAUCCUCGGCCUCUGCCUUGGCUGGAGGUGCUGUAGGGGAAGCCACGGAAGCCCCUCUCACUGCAGCAGCGGCGCCACAAGAAGAAGUGGCUUCUCCUAUGACUGCAGAUCUUCUCAGGGAGGACAUCACAGAUCUCAGUCCAGCAGCAGCUGAUGAAGCAGGAGCAGCAGCUACUCCCUUGGCUAUGGUUCCGGGGCACCAGGUUGCCGCCGAGCAGGGAGGCCAAGCGCAGUCCUCCUCCUGCACCAGAGAUACGCCAGCGGAUGAGCCAGCAACGUCCCAGACACAAGCACCGUCCCAGGGUCUGUUGGCCGGGCCUGUUCAGCGCAACGAGCAGCACCAAGGACUAGGCAUCCUUGACCUCGCACAAGCCCCAGCGCGCCAGCCACGGCCCUCCCGCGUCAGGAGGGCACUUCGGGCUCUGCGCAGGGCUUUCUGCUGCAGCUGCAUCGCAGGACAGCGAGAGUAGCAGCGCCCGGCUGCCAGCACCAGGACGGCGCUCGGAGGUGGCAGCUGGCCCUCAGGAAGCUUUGCAGCGCCCACAGAAGCAUCACUGGGAGGCACAGGACAGCGCCCCAGGAAUUCAGAUGCCCCACCACAUCCUGCCCCCAGCCUCAGCUCAGCUGCGGCUGCUUUCUGCUGUGAAUAAAAGCUCAGGCAGACGUUUGCCCCCAA